AUGGCGACCAAGGUGCCUGUUUACUCGACAAAUGACCUCAAGUCGACCACCGAUGAUGCUAUCCUCCCCUACCUAAACAACCUACCCGCGCCCUACACCUUCACACCAGAUCACAGCAAGAGCAACAUUCGCUUCGUGCUCGGAUACAGCGCCGUCACAAUUGCCGGCUUCACAUUCUACGCAGACCGCACACUAGGCUGGGAAGCGACUACGUCCAGAUGGAUCAUCGCAGCUGUAGUCUCGUACUUCAUCCUCAACUCCGCGCUCACGUACUGGAUCUGGGCCGUUGAGGCUGGCGAGGUAUACAGCGGAAAGCGCAAAACGGGCGAGACGAUCUCAAUCUCCUCGUCUGUCAAAAAGAACACAGUCCCUUACAAGCUUCGUGUGCUUUACAAGUCACCUGCUGGCAAGGUCCUACAAGAUAAGCAGAUCGAAGCUCCUUUAACUAGCUGGUUCUCUGCUCAAGGCGAAUUCCACUCUAAGCCCUUCCGUCAAUGGCUGGCUAGUGAGAUCGAUGUCUUGAGAUUAGCAGCCAAAGAGAGUGAAAAAAAGACCGAACAGCAAUGA